AUGCCUGUGGAAGUGAUAUCUGACAAUCAGUUGGUUAUAAGGAUACCGGAUCCUAGAGUUUUGAGGCUUAUUGCUCGAUCUGUGUUAUUGGCUUUAGCUAUUCUUGCAAUACCCUUUAUGGGUUCUUCUUUUCUUGGUAGUAUUGUUUCUGAAACUACCCAUUUUCAUGCGUCAUCCGCAACAUCUUAUUAUUAUUCUGCUGAUUUUGGUUUACUUCCAAUGCUGCUUAAAGAUUUACGUUCUGAAAGCUUACUUAAAUCGGGCGAUAAAGCCGUCUUCUUUAGCGGUAGCGGUGAGAAGGUUAAUCCACAGAUUUUGGUUGUUAAUGAGAUGGAUUUAAUCUCUCAUUCUGAUUUCCAACGUCAGAGUUCUGUUUCUGAUAAUAAGGUUGAUUUUGUUUACGUUUCUGGUUUUCGUAUAAAUGAAUUCGUUGAUAGAAUUCUCAAGAUAGGCGGAAUUGUUACACUUCCUGUGAGUGGCAACCCUCUAAACAGCUUUCAAAAACCGUCUAAUUAUAGAAUCGUUUACAUUCGAAGAUUCGAGACCACGUUUGUGGCAUUGAGGAAAAUUAGUAAUUCUAUGGACUCACUGAAAAAAAGUAGGAAACUUCUUUCAUUUGAUUCGGAAGUAGAAGAAGCCAAGAAAGCUGCAUUGAAUGGACUAGAAGGUGUUUUACUAGAACCACCAAGAAAAUCUUCAUCUGAAUUCAAGAAGCACUUAAAAAGAACCAAGUACCUACCAGACAUAAUGGGCGACGCACUAGACGAAUACCCACGACGAGUUUUCAUCGAUGUAGGAUCAGAUGGUAAAAAUACAGGAUGGUUUGAGAGGAAUUACCCAACAAGAAAUCUAGAUUUUAAGAAGUAUAAGAUAGAGAUCGUAGACGAAGAAAGCGAGACAACGACAACAUCGGAUACGACAGCAGUACAACAAGUAGGGAUAUCAGAUUGGUUGAGGAAGAACGUGAAGAAAGAAGAGUAUGUUGUAAUGAAAGCUGAAGCUGAAUUGGUCGAAGAAAUGAUGAAUAGUAAAGUUGUAUCUUUAGUGGAUGAGCUUUUCUUAGAGUGUAAACAUCAGGGGCAAAAAGGUAGUGGUGGGAAAAAGAGUACUAGGAGAGCAUAUUGGGAAUGCUUAGCUUUGUAUGGAAGGUUAAGGGAUGAAGGAGUUGCAGUUCAUCAAUGGUGGGGUUAUUAG